CCUUACGAAAGUAUCUUACGGUGACAAAACCUUCGCCUCUACAACCGUACAAGAGGAAGCCAUAUUAGCCAUAUUAGUGGACAAGAAAGAAAGCAGUACCGGGCGCCGAAAGUCUAACCAGUAUGGCCGACACAAAGACGACGACGAUGACGACGGCAACGUCCAGUGAAGCAACGAAUCUAGUGCCGCCAAGCACAGCUACGGCAACGGAAAUGGCAACGCAAACUGUCGCCGUUCAGAGUGACAACGGUCCCAGCAGCGAACAGACGACUCCGACAAAAACGGAGACCACCACAACGGCGGUGAGAACGAUGAUCGAAACUGCGACGAUGACUGACGCCGUUGAGCUGAAAGAAAGUGAAAGUUCCGUGCCAGAGUCUCCGCCAGCGGCGGAAACUGCUGCCCCAGUAGAAGCGAAAUCGACCACGCCGAGUGAGACAAUCGUGCUGGAAGGUGCGGCCACUGUGAAGGAAUCGGUAGAAGCGGAAGAAGAACCCGACACACUGUCACCGCUGAUGACGGACAAUCAUACGUUCUUGCAGCAUCAGGAGCUGAUGCGCGAGGAACCGCUGGUCGAUGAACAGCUGGCGUUAGACGAGCCGGGCAGCAGCAGUCCUCAGCAACAUUUCCACCGUCACCACAAUCAUCACCAUGGUGGAGAGGAGGUGCAUGAUUACGGCAUCUACGAUGAUGACGAGCAGGAAGACGAUGAUGAGGACGAGGAUGAUGAAGACAUUGAUGAUGAGGACGAAAUGUUUAUGCGCGAUCAGGACGACCAGGAGCGUAAUAUGAAGCACUCCGACACGAAGGAAUCAAUCAGCUCGAUCGACAGCGAUGUCUCGCUAUCGUACGAUCGGCGGAGUUCCAGUGAGCUGCCGCAACACCAGCAGCAGCUUCGCCAGAACUCCGAAGAUGCCGGUGCCGGUUCGUCGGAUGAUGCGGCGAAGGAUUCUGGAUGUGAAAUCAUGAAGAAGUCAUCGGGCGAAGGUGCAAAUGAAACUGGCACACAGGAAGAUGCUGAGGAUGGCGGUGCGUUCGAGAUUCCGGACGAUGAAAUGUGUGAGCGGAUUAUUGAGCAGGUAGAGUUCUACUUCUCCAACGACAACAUCCUCAAGGAUGCGUUCUUGCUGAAGCACGUGCGCCGCAACAAGGAAGGCUUUGUCAGCCUGAAGCUGGUCUCUAGCUUCAAGCGUGUUCGUCAGCUGACAAAGGACUGGCGCGUUGUUGGGUACGCGAUCAAGCGCAAGAGUGUAAAGAUCGAGGUGAACGACCUGGGCACAAAGAUUCGACGUCUGGAUCCGUUGCCCGAGCACGAUGAAACUACGCCGUCGCGCACGGUUGUCGCUACGGGACUGCCAUACGAUAAGUACACCGUCGAGAAGGUGUCCGAGUUGUUCUCGAAGUGUGGUGAAAUUUCGCUAAUCCGUGUGCUUCGGCCGGGUGGUCCUAUUCCGGCUGAUGUGCGCCAGUUCAUCAACAAGCAUCCAGAGCUGCAGCAGAACGAGUGUGCCCUGGUAGAGUUCACCGAGUCGGCAUCGGCCCGCCGCGCCCAGGCCAUGACGGAGUUCGUUGUGCUGGAGCUCGUAGCACCGAAAAAGAAGACCGGCAAGAAGGCCACCAACGUGACCAAGUUUGUCGAAAGCUACAAGGUUGCCGCUGGACAUGAUAUUGAGCGAAGCCGUGGCGGUGAGGGUUUCGAUCGCUUCCGAAUGCGCCGCGGAUCGGGCUUCUAUCCCAAGUCGGACAUGAUGGUCGGUACGCUCUAUCAGCAGCAACAGGUUGCACCGCACCACCACCAUCACCAUCACCAUCAGAUGCUUCCGAUGAUGAGCCAACCGAUGCAGGCGCCACUGCAGCAGGAUCCGCACCAGCACCAGCAGCAAUCGCCACCGAUGCCGUACAUGGUGCCACACUCGCCCCAGCCACGCAAGUACUCCUUCGGCAACGAGACGUACGAGUGCUAUCAGGCACCACAGCAGCAGCCGCGCCGCUCCAGCGCCUAUUCGCUCGGAUCGGAUGCUUCGCGCAAGUUCUCCAGCUGCUCGGAAGGCUACUCGAGCUGCGGUGAAAUGUCACGCCGCACGUCUGCAUGCUCGUCCGUGCCCGCGGAAGGCAUGUCUCGGCGGACGUCCGCCUGCUCGGAAGUGCCAUCAUCACGACGCUCAUCGAACUGUUCGGACUUUUGCUCGUGCAAUGCGCGUCGCAUCUCGCAGUGCUCCACCGACCUCAUGUAUCGCCGAAUGUCGCAGUGUUCGGCGGAUCACACCGGUACACCGGUGCAUUCGGCCCCUCGCAAAUAUUCGGCCGGCUCGAACUACGACCGUAAGUACGCUAAUUCGCCGGAACUUAUGCAGCAGCAACAGCAGCAACAGCAGGGACAUCUUCUCCAACGUCGCAUCUCGAUGGACUCGACCGGUGGGUACGAUCGCAAGUUUUCUUCUGGCUCGAUCACCGGCUACCACACGGACGGCAGCCCCAACAUCUCGCCGCGUAAGUACUCCUCCGGUGGAUUCGAUCCGCUGCGUAAGCUGUCGAACGGUUCGGAUCAGUACUACAAUGGCCGCAAGAUCUCGACCGAUUCUGGUUACGAUCGACGCAUCUCGAUCGGAUCGGAAUGUUCGGGACCACGAUCGCGCGCCGGCAGUAUCCUUUGCAAUCAUGCGGGCAACACACCCCUACCGACGUCUGCUAGUGAAGCCGUUGUACGCACUCCAAUUGGACCGGAUGGCAGCAAGGGUUUCGGUACGCGCACACGUCGCAUCGGCCAGAUUGUGCCACCGGCCUAA